AUGGUGAUAGACUCAGUCAUACACGAGAUUGGAAAUUAUGGGCUACCUGACUUUACUCAUCUCACGGAUGUGUCGGUCCUAUCCGGAGCCAGGUGGGAUCCUGAACGUGAAUUCGGGGCCCAAAGAACCCCGGAUUUCUUCCCACUUCUCUAUCUGCCAAAUAUCGAACGCAUGGCUAUGUCAAUAAAGAGCUCUUCCGCAUUUAAAUGGCCCACUGCGGAUCUGCCAGAUCCUUCAAGGUUAAAAUCACUUGAUCUAAGGUGCAUCGGAAAGGCAAACCUCGCCGACAUACUCUCGCUUACCAAAAAUCUUGAGAAACUCACCUGGGAAUGGUAUUACGAUUUUGGGUUGGAUGAUGAGUUCAAUAAGCCAAUAGUCGACCUGGAUCAUAUUGCUUGUGCGCUUUCUUGCACUCCUCCAAGCUUGACAGAGAUCAACAUGGCUAUUGUUGGGCUCGGAGGUGGUGAUAAAUCUGAACCAGGGAUACGUAUUGGGGUCAUUGAAUAUAAUGGCCGACUUGCGACAUGUCAAGAGACUCCGAAUUCUAUUGGCCUUCCUUGUCGGCUUUGCUCAAGAUACCACGAACGAUUACAGGACGUGCUGCCACCUAAUAUCGAGAGUCUGACACUUACCUACGACCUAAAUCUCCAAGAAGAUCCUUUCGAAAGUCCAGAUUUGCCCAAAUGGAUGUGGGAAGCAUAG